AUGAAAAUUCAAUACUUUGCUGAAAUCGUCUCCGAAUUCUCUGGAUUCCAUCACACGCCCAAUUUCAAGGCUUCCCGGUCCACCGGAGAUUUUCAGAAUUUGUCUGAAAAUUCUGGAAAAAAUUCCAGAAGAAGUUCCACGGAAAGCAAUCAUUCGAUACGGAUUCCGGUUGGAGUGGACCACGUUCCCAUCCUCCCAACACCAGGCUCCGCCUCCAAAAAAUCAAGCCACGCCCACUUUCAAAAACAUUCCCUUUCGUCCCCAUCAAUCUCCAGAAUGGCCAGUUUAAGUCGUGUUCAAGAGAAAUUGCAGAGAAAAUUGAAACGAUCAGAGAGUGUGGAGAGUGUGGAGACGCAGAGAAAAGGGUCCACAGCGUCAACGGCGUCUUAUAGACUGCUUUAA